CCGCGACGGAGAAAAGAAAAAAAAAAAGGGGAAAAAAGGGAAUUGCAGAGGACCGAAGACCCCUCUCUUUCUAAUAUCGAAGAUUGAAGAUUUCUCUCUAGAAUUGAGCCAUGGAAGAACCAAGAGCUUGAGGAUUAUCAAAGCGACGGUCGUUUUGUGUUGGGAUUGAGCCAUGGCAGCAGAGUCAUCAAAAGAAGAGCUGGUUCGACUGAUCAAGAAGUUCGGGGCUUAUUUGACCGUCAAAAUGUCUAAUCUCUUCUCGAUCUCUCUCCGAAACCUGGAUUCACGAUCUGUCGGGGCUCUGGCGGGGUUUGCUGUUGCAAUGAUUUUUACCUGGAGAUUGUUGAGAUCACCGAGUGGGCCUCAGAGAAGGCAACCCAAGCGGCAAGCUCCUGCACCUAGUAGUUCUGGUGUCAGUAGUCAGUCAACUACAACUUUGGCACCUUCGGGAGUGUGUUCAUCUUCAGAGGACUCAAGAGCACAGAAUGUUAUCGAUGAGUUCUUCCAGCCAGUAAAGCCAACUUUAGGGCAAAUAGUUAGGCAGAAAUUGAGUGAAGGAAGGAAGGUAACAUGCCGGUUGCUUGGUGUAAUCCUUGAGGAAAGCAGUCCAGAGGAGCUUCAGGCGAAACAAGCAACUGUGAGAUCCUCUGUGCUGGAAGUGUUGUUGGAGAUAACAAAGUUUUGUGAUCUUUAUCUCAUGGAAAGAGUUCUGGAUGAUGAAAGUGAAAGAAAGGUGCUUCUGGCUUUAGAAGAUGCUGGGGUUUUCACAUCUGGUGGCUUGGUCAAAGACAAGGUUCUCUUUUGUAGCACAGAGACUGGGCGGUCAUCCUUUGUUCGGCAACUUGAGCCAGAUUGGCAUAUCGACACAAAUCCUGAAGUUGUUUCUCAGUUGGCUAGAUUCAUCAAAUAUCAGCUUCACAUUUCUCCAUUCAGACCUGAACGAACUGCCUCUAACGUCUUCACCGCCCCAUCAUUGGAACAGUUCUUUGGAUGCGUUUGAUGUUGAAGCUAGUAAAGGAUGCACACAUAUUUUUCAAUUCCCAUUUCUGUCUCCCUAUGCAUCAUUACCCUUCAUGUCCAGCUCGAUGUUUUUUGGUUACUGGCCAAUCAUUGCCAGUUUUGGUAUCAGACCCACCUUGUAUUUCUCCACUAUUUAUGGGGAAGAAGCUCUCUGUGUUUGGAAUCUGUGCAAUAGACUUAGCUCACAUUCAAACUUCUCUCAAACUGUGGAAUCUCAUAAAGUGGUUGAUGCCUGUAAUUGAUGUUAGUUAAAGGGAUUAUACCAUGACAAAUAGUUUGGGUGUUCUCCAUUUUAGUGUUUCUGUUUGUGAGAGCCUCAUGAUGAAUUAGUUAUGCUACCGCAAACCCGGUUUUGGUGUCUCAACCCUUCUCCUCUGUAUCUGUAUGAAUAUUUUCCCGUUUCUGGUAAUUCUUGUUAUCACAUUUAUGUUAACAUUUUAGUUUAAACUCCA